UUCGCACGGAACAAGUGUCACAUCAUGGCCGUCAGAAUACUGCUUGAACGCGAGCUGUAGUAGAUAUGUUGGUAAUUUCUUAAAGGAUUUUCUUGGCUGUUUUGGGCUGAGGGUUAUCCUGGAACCAUGAACGAUGAAGAAGACAUAUCCAGUGAGAUAGAUUCGCUCAGAGACUUGUGUGGCCUGCAGACAAGGGACGUUAAUUCAAGACAUCAAUUUCUUGAAUCCCUGGGAAAAACUCUGAAAGCGUGGACAAACAGACGUCAAGAAAAUGUAGAAAAUGGUGUUGAGAACUUUCUUUCGGACAUUUUACCUUGCAUUUUGCGACUAUCAUUCAGGAGUCCGUUCUCGGAUAUCAGAGAAAGUUGCUCAGACUUGCUCGUGGCAGUGAAGGAAAAAGGAAUAAAAGUUCCGCGUAGGGUAUACAAGGGACCCACGAUAUUUAUUCCAUCAAAAGAGGUUCCACCGUUAGACACUGAUGAUGAACAGGUGCUUGGCUUGCUUGUGGAGUCUUUUCUGUUAAGUGGACGUGUUACAAAUGUCACAUCCCUUAUUGCAUUUCACCCCCAGUACCUGGAAUGUUUUUUGAAGACUGAGUACUUCAUGUUUAAAGGAGAAGGACCUUUACCAUUUGACUGGAGAUGCUACAUUGCUAUCAUGGGUGCAAGCAGACAUCGCUGCUGUUAUUUGGUUCAGUUGUAUGAGAUUGAGUUUCUGAAACAUCAAGGAAACAAAACUUGGCUUCAAGGACUUGAUUACAUCCCAGCUAAAUUGAGAGCACUUUCCGUAAUCAACAAAAUUUUGGCACAUCAGCCAUGGCUUCUCAGUCCAGGUCAUAUCGAGACACUUCUUAAGGGAGAAGACAAUUGGUCAUUGUCAGAACUUGUCCAAGCCAUUGUUAUUCUGGUUCACACCCAUAGUCUGUGCAGCUUUGUAUAUGGCUGUGGUAUUACACCAGAAAUAGACCGCGAUGGAGGUCACACCUAUAAACCUCCGUCACUUCAAGAGAGCAAACAGGGCAGCUUUGAAAGAGAUAACCUUUCUCUUAAUGGUGUGAAUAAUCGAUCUUACAUGACUGAGCUUAUGGAAAAAAUGAAAGAGGUUGAGGCAGAGCAAGAUGCCCUCAUGGAGACCACACAGGAAGAACUCUUUCAACAAUUUGAAAAAGUAGAGAGUGGAGAAGUUUCAACAGGCAAGGACAAAGUGUCCAGCGCCUGUGACACUCCACAGCCAGGAAUUGCACGAUACCUGAUGGAUACAUCAUUUGGUUACAGUGACUUUGCCAGCAGAAAUCCACAAAUGGACAUAUCAACCUUCAGAGUCCAGGAUUAUUCCUGGGAGGAACAUGGCUUCUCCCUUAUUAACAGACUCUAUCCUGACAUGGGUCAGAUGCUGGAUGACAAAUUUAGCUGCACAUUUAACCUAACAUACAACACACUGGGUAAAGUAGAAAAUGUGGACACUUCAACUUUCCGUAGAGCAACUUGGAACUAUAUUCAUCUGGUUUUUGGUAUAUAUCAUGAUGACUACCUAUACACAGAGGUAAACAAGCUGAUGGAGAGGUCGUAUAAAAAAUACAUUAAAGUGGUUGCCUGUUUUCCUGAAAAAGUGUCAAUAGAUGACUACCUGGGAUUUAUGCCAGAACUCACUCAUUCAGAAAAGGUUCAUAUCAACCUUCUGCUACUGGAAUCUCGUGUCCAGGCGGAACUUCUGUAUGCUUUGAGAGCAAUCAUGAAGUAUAUGACGUGAUAGUUGCAUAAUUAUGUUAAAAGUGGUAGAGAUAAAGUCAUAAAGAAGUUAUGCAGGGUUUUGGACUCUCAGGCUCAGCCCUGGUGUUCUCCUUGGGUAUAUUUAUUGUAGAGCUCAACAGUUUAAGUCUUUGACGUGGUGACUUUUUAGAAUUAGUCGGUUAGUUGAAAAUUAAAGUUCAUCUCUUUAUUUCCUAACAUUUUAAAUGAAAUAUUUUGGCCUAGAGAAAGUAGCGGUAAGUGAAUAUUUUUAUUUCAACCAUCAAGAAAAAAGUAUUAUUAUUAAUAAUAUGUUCGGAGGAAACAAUUAUCUUUUAAGUUAGCAAACCUGUGUUUUAGAAUAGCCCUGACUUAUUAUUGUCAUUCUUUUGUGUGGGUCUCAAACAUCACGUGAUAAUUGCCGAUGUGCCCUCUUCAUUCCUACCACAGCCAUCUCUCAGGGGGUCGCCAUGACAACGUUCAAACUUCCCACUAGUUUUCCUGCAGGUUCUUGAUUGGAGAAUCACAUUGGCAACUCGUUACAGGCUGCUAGCAAGGUUUUCUGAAAAAAGGUUUUAAGCUUGGGUAAUAUGCAUCAUUUGCUAGGUUUUCUUACGAGUCUUGAUUUUGUUGGCGAGGUUAACAAAUUGUUUCACAACGCUAUUCAGUGACUUGAAAUCGGCGAGGUCUCCUUGAAAAAGUUACACUCUGUAAUAUAGGAUGUAUCAUUUAUAUGUAUGAGUUGAUAUUUAGAGUGGUUUUCUGUUGACUGCUAACCUUAAAGCCAAUAAUUAUAACGGUAAUGCACCAAUCACGAGUUAUUAAAAGCGCGGGAAAAGGUCACGUGAGGUAGUUGACGAAUGCAUUUGAUGUUGAAUUUGAUUGGCUGCGUGUUCAACGUCUUCGUUCUGAUUGGUUAAAACGUGAUGGAUGGCUUCUUUGAACCAAGAGUAAAGCUCAGAACACGUUGGAAAACUGCUCAAACAGUUGUUUAUAACAGAAGAGCAAUCCCUUAUUUUGUCAACCAGCACUGUAUCACAUACAGGGUGGACUUUUAAUUAAUUUUCACACGGGCGAGAACCUUCAGCAAAUCACUCUUAGGGUGAGAAGGUGUCUUGUCCUUUCACUGGUUGCUCUUCCCUAUUGUAAGGCGUUCCAAAUUUUUUUGUAUGUGUGUGUGAGCUUGUAAGUACAUUUAAUCAUUUUCAUAUCAGUUUAUUAUUAUUAAGCCCACCAAGCACCUUAACGGGUUAAGACAAAAAGACAUAAGACUCUGAAGGUCUCCGGGAAUUAGGUGUUUAGUUAUACCUCAACAACUGGAAGAGAGUAGUUUACGGUAGAAGCGAUUUGCCGCAGUCUCAAAGCGUGCGAGCUGAUCACGUGCAAAUCCAAGGUCCAAACUGAUUCAAAGAAGAGUCAUUAAGCACUUAAUGACUGACCCAAGGGGAAACAGUGAUUUGUUUCUCCCGUGGGGGCCAUUCAUCAAGUGUUUUGUUAUACCUACCAACUCAAAGAUAAAAAAGACUGCUAAAAAUGAUUUGCUUGACGCCGGUUGGCACACAAACUUGUCGAGGUUUUAAGGUGCACUACCUUAUCACGUGACAGUUGCUAGCGAGUUUUGACCCAUGACACGUGACACUUUCUACAAUCGGAAAACGUAUUCGAGUUGGGAGGUAUAACUAACUUUCUUGUCCAAUCAAAGAAGGAUUUACGGUGUUUAGCAGACACAUUUUACCGCUGUCAUUUCAUGUUUGAGCCCGCCAAGUAAGGGUUGUUACCUUGUGAAAGUGUCUUGAUAAUGCAGUACCGCUAAUUGACUUUUUAUUUUUGAGGAAGAGUGAAAUAUGAUCAGUAACGUUAACCUAUUUGCCCGUCAGUAUUUCAAGUUUAUUUUUGUAAUUCUGUUUCCUCGUGUUUUUGACCGGCUUAAGCUUUAUUUUGUUACAAUACAUAUCACUCACUCUUCCGGGGUAAAAAGUCAUCGUUAAACAUUGGGACUGCCAAAAAAUAGAUAAGUAAAAAUAGAAUAAAGAGAGUACAAUAGACAAAAUUAAAUUUAUUUGCAGAGUUAAUUCUGCGGCAAGUAACUUGUAUAAUUCUUAACAGUCAUACUUGCUUUUUAUUUGAAGCUGUCGGUAUUAUGUUAGAGAGACCGAACAGGCUUGUUAGUGCAGGUAACGGCGACACAUUAAAGUACCUUAUUUGAAGUCCCA